GAUAUGUUGGACUAUCGUAAUACUUCUCUGACUUUCAAAUUAAUUCAUUUUCUUUUCCUCCGUCUACUCCUUCCUUUUUUCUUCGUCCUCUUCUCCUUCUCCUACUUGUUCACAUUUCCGUCUCUCUCUUUCUAUAGUGGCUUCUCAAUUUUUGCCGGCGACGCUUUUUCUGCUUUCUUCUUGGAUCGUUUGACUUUUCCCGAUCACCCCGUCGGGUCUUCCUAGCCACCUAUGGGACAUUGUUGCAGCAAAAACGUUUCGGUCGUCAACAAUGAAACUGUUACAGCCGAUCACCGCCCUAAAUCGCCGCAGCCGGCGGCAUCGCCCCUGCCGUCCGGCGACUCAGUGUCAGGAGCGGGCGAUGCAACCCCUGGCAGGAACACUUCCGCGCAGUACUUCACUAGUCCCCCCUUCCCGAGCCCUCUCCCGCCUGGGGUGGCGCCAUCGCCGGCCAGAACUCCGGGUAGGAAAUUCAGAUGGCCUCUUCCGCCUCCAUCGCCGGCGAAGCCGAUCAUGGCAGCGUUACUGAGACGGCAGGGGAAAGCGAAACCCAAGGACGGGCCGAUACCCGAGGAGCAAGCCGAAGGUGGAGAGGGAGACAGGCCGUUGGACAAGAGCUUCGGAUAUGCAAAGAAUUUGGGGGCAAAGUACGAGCUGGGAAAAGAAGUAGGUCGGGGACAUUUUGGUCAUACUUGCUGGGCGAAAGCAAAGAAGGGAGACCUCAAGGGGCAAUCCGUAGCCGUGAAAAUCAUAUCGAAAGCUAAGAUGACAACAGCAAUAGCAAUUGAAGAUGUAAGGAGGGAGGUGAAGAUGUUGAAAGCCUUAUCUGGACAUAAUAAUUUGGUGAAAUUUCAUGAUGUAUUUGAGGACGCCAAUAACGUAUACAUAGUGAUGGAAUUGUGUGAGGGUGGAGAACUACUUGACAGAAUUCUUUCAAGAGGUGGAAGAUACACUGAGGAUGACGCAAAAGCAAUUCUUGUACAAAUUCUAGAUGUAGUUGCCUUUUGUCAUCUCCAAGGAGUCGUUCACCGUGAUUUAAAACCAGAGAAUUUUCUUUUUGUCUCAAAAGAAGAUGAUUCUCUGAUGAAGGUUAUCGAUUUUGGUCUAUCGGAUUUUGUUAGACCAGAACAACGCCUCAAUGAUAUUGUUGGCAGUGCCUACUAUGUUGCACCUGAAGUGCUCCAUAGAUCUUACAGUGUUGAAGCAGACUUAUGGAGUAUCGGUGUUAUUACAUACAUAUUGUUAUGUGGAAGUAGACCAUUCUGGGCACGCACUGAAUCAGGAAUCUUCCGGUCUGUGCUAAGAGCUAAUCCUAACUUUGAUGAUUUACCUUGGCCAUCAAUAUCACCAGAAGCUAAGGACUUUGUAAAGAGGCUUUUGAACAAGGACCAUAGAAAAAGGAUGUCUGCUGCCCAAGCUCUAGCCCAUCCAUGGUUGAGAGAUGAAAAACGUGCCAUUCCAUUAGACAUUUCAAUCUUCAAGUCGGUCAAGUUAUAUGUGCGGGCCACGCCUUUCAAACGAGCCGCACUGAAGGCUCUCUCAAAAGCAUUGCCAGAAGAUGAACUCUUCUUUCUAAGAACACAAUUCCGCCUAUUAGAACCAAACAAUGGUUUUGUUUCUCUUGAUAAUUUUAGAGCGGCUCUCAUGAAAAAUGCUACUGAUACCAUGAAGGAAUCAAGGGUCCCUGACAUUUUAAAUUUGAUGGAGGCGCUGGCUUAUAAAAAAAUGGAUUUUGAAGAGUUUUGUGCCGCCGCACUCAGUGUAUACCAGCUCGAGGUUCAUGAAGACUGGGAGAGAAUUGCAACCACUGCUUUCGAGCAUUUCGGGGGAGGAAACAGAGUCAUUUCAGUUGAGGAGUUGGCGCAGGAUAUGAAUCUGGGUCCUUCAGCUUACACCAUAAUACGUGAUUGGAUCAGAAAAACUGAUGGAAAACUGAGUUUCAGCGGAUAUACCAAGUACAUGCAUGGUAUCACAAUACGUAGUUCAAAUCCAAGACAGCGACAGCUAGUAUGAUUAAAGCCAUCGUCUUUUUAUUAUUUAGCUUAAUCAUUGGAAUUAGUCUGUGUCUACUUUUUUCCCCAUUUCUUUCCUUUUAAUAUUUGAUUUUAAAAGGAAACGGUACAAAAGGACUAUAUAUUUUUUAUUUAAGGGUGGGCGGAGGGUCGAGGGAAAAUAGAGCUAACAUAUUGUUUUAUUCCUUAGCAUGUAAUUUGCGUGCAAAGUAAACUUGUCCUUCAA